AGCACAACGCGGACAACUCUUCCACUGGAGAUAUGGGCAGCACAGUCACCAAGGCCAUAGAUCAUUCGAUCCCAUCUCACCAGUAUCGCAACCUAGCUGCUGCCCCGCCUACAGUACCGGUCGGCCUCGUCCGCGCGUGUGUGUAAUGCUAGCCAAUAACGUGAAGCGGAUCGUUUCCCCACCCUCCACCUGUAGGGACCUGCGCUGUAGCCGCCCGGCGGCUAUCAUGUUCCUAUCGCGAUUUGAUGGGAACUGAAACGCAUCCCUCGGGUAAUUCCCCGAGGCUCGACGACGAGAGAUCUCACCCGAUUUUCUGAGUCCAGAACCGCUCGACGUCGUCGUCGAACCUCGAAUGAAUACAAACGACAACGAUACAUGCCUACGCACAAGACUCCUCUCUCGGACUUCAGGUAAACCAUCUCAUUCUCCACAGUCAUGUCGUCCUCCGCUUCCACUUCCAAGCCCCGCCGGGUCGUCAUCGUGGGCUCGGGCAUCUUUGGAAUCUCGACCGCGCAAUGGAUGUUGGGGAAGGGAGGCUACGAGGUCACCAUCGUCGAUAAGAGCGAGGUCAUCCCGGCUCCUGAUGCUGCUAGUACUGAUAUCAACAAGAUCCUUCGAAAUGGAGACUAUGCGGAUCCGGACAUGGCUACGCUCAAUAUCGAUGCUAUCGAGAUGUGGAAGAAACCCGAGUGGAAGGGUACCUUCCACGAGUCUGGUGUGAUCGUCUCCAGUACCGAAGGGCACCCGUCGUGCGGUUACGUCGACAGCAGUUAUGAUAAUGUCAAGCAGCUGGACCCCGGUGUCAGGCGUCUCGAAGGCAAAGGCUUUCACUCGGCCUAUCCCGAUUGCCUAGCGUCUUCAUCCGGAUCGACCUCUUCCCUCGUUCCCGACCGACUCGCUCAUCUGGCUCAGCGUGUAACCCACUCGCGCAAAUCCCACUUGGCAGACUUUCCUAGAAGACGCGGAUACGUGAACCCUACGAGUGGCUGGGGGGAGGCCACUCGAGCCUGUGAGGUCGUACUGGAAGAUAUCAAGCGGAUGGGUUGCAAGCUCGUCCCCGGUAAAGAAGUGACGGGGAUGACCUUCAUCGAACACGAAUCCACUCGAGGUGGCAAACGGACUGUCAAUGGGGUGAAGUUUUCGGAUGGAAGCGAGAUGAAGGCGGAUCUAGUCGUCAUCGCCGCGGGAGCUUGGACGCCCGCCUUGUUCGCCCAGCCAAUGAUGGGAGGACUACCAGCUGUAGUAGCAGCUGGACAAUGUGUUGCCAAGAUCCAGUUGACCCCAGAAGAGGCGGAAGAAUACAAAGAUAUCCCGGUUACCCUCGACUUGACCACCGGGUUCUACUGUUUCCCUCCCAACCCGGAUGGCAUCAUGAAGCUCGCCAUUCACGCCGACGGCUACGUCAACACGUCCAACCCCCCGGAUCCCAAGUCGACCAACGAAGGGUCCGCCCAGUCUUCCGGCAUCUCGGCCCCACGUACCAUCCUCACACCCGGAGCCGCUGAUGGAUCUAUCCCGAAACGUCAGGUCCAGAUCCUGAGACACGAGCUGAGCAAGGUCUUCCCCCGUCUGGCCGAAGAAAAGGAUUUCGUAGCGACGCGGUUGUGUUGGUACACGGACACGCCGGAUUCGAACUGGUUGAUCGAUUGGCACCCAGAAAUGGACGGGUUGUUGCUUGCCACCGCCGGAUGCGGACACGCUUUCAAGUUCUUGCCCAAUAUUGGCCGAGAGAUUCUAGCCCGAAUCGAAGGAACCCUCUCUCCCGAAUUCGCCCACAAAUGGAGGUUUGAAGGACGAGCAUUUGCCGAUCGUGACCCAUCGAGCGACGCCGACAUCCGAGGCGGAGGCGCUGGGAGGAAGAAGCUCGUACCCGAAGAGUUGGCUGAGAGGAGGGACCUAAGGGCCGAUGCAUUUACGCUCAAAGCGGCUUUGUGAGGAAAUCUGAGCACGAAAAGGGUAUAGAACGUUCGCACCACAGAUAGGAGCUUGUAAUAGUAGCAGGAUCUUUCCCAGGUAGAUGCCAGGCUAGGUUGUAUCGAUCUUGUCAAUACAUUUGUUACCGUUUCC